CAGGGACGGCCCAUCCGCCCGCCUUCCCUGCACUGCAGGAAUGUGGAAUGCACCUGAGCUGGAUCGUGCAUGAGGAAGAAUGACUGCUGAAAGUCACCAAUCCACCUGUUCUGGGACAGAAGUUUGUCUGGCCUGUCCGAGAAAAAUCAUUAUCCAUUUAUUUUACUGAUCCCUGCCAGCUGUUAAUUAGUUUUGGUAUAACAAUGGAAGAUUGCUGCAUAUCUGAAGAGGAAACGGAGAGAGUCAGGAUACACAGAGAAAUAGAACGACAACUUCGACGUGAUAAAAGAGAGUCUCACCGGGAGUUGAAGCUGCUGCUUUUAGGGACCGGUGAAAGUGGGAAGAGUACCUUUAUCAAACAGAUGAGGAUCAUCCAUGGCAACGGAUACACUGAAACUGACAGAAAAGGUUUCACUCGCCUGGUGUUUCAGAACAUCAUCACAGCCAUUCGGGCGCUGAUCGAGGCCAUGAAGACUCUGCAGAUUGACUACAUCGAUGACCAGAACAUUAGCCAUGCAGAGAAGAUAAGCCAAAUAGAGGCAGACCAGGUGUCCAUGUUGGAGGCUUGGCAGGCAGACGCUAUUAAGAGAGUGUGGAAUGACCACGGUGUUCAAAGGUGCUACGAGCGCAGGAGGGAAUUUCAGUUAUCCGAUUCUGCCAAAUAUUACCUGAGUGACCUGGACAGAAUCACAGCUGUGUCAUACAUCCCCACCCUGCAGGACAUCUUGAGGGUCAGGGUCCCCACCACGGGUAUCAUAGAGUAUCCAUUUGACCUUUCAAAAGUCCUCUUCAGGAUGGUUGAUGUGGGUGGUCAGCGUUCAGAGAGGAGGAAAUGGAUCCACUGUUUUGAGAAUGUCACCUCCAUCAUAUUUUUGGCGGCAAUCAGCGAGUACGAUCAAGUCCUUUACGAGAGUGAGGAUGAUAAUCGACUGAGUGAGAGCAUCGCCUUGUUCAAGACCAUCAUCUCAUACCCUUGGUUCCAAAAUUCUUCCAUCAUCCUCUUCCUGAACAAAACAGACUUGCUAGAGGAGAAAAUCACACAGUCUCAUUUGGUGACGUACUUCCCAGCCUAUACCGGGCCUCGGUGUCAUGCUGAAUCCGCGAAAGAUUUCAUCUUGAAAAUGUACAAGGACCAGCACCGCGAGCACCAUAAACCCCUUUACACUCACUUCACCUGCGCCACAGACACAGAGAACAUCCGGGUUGUGUUCAAAGCCGUCAAAGACACGCUCUUCAUCGAUAACCUUCAUAACUUCAACCUUGAAUAAAGGGAUUGC